GCGUAUGUACUGUACGCUCGUCAUUUUCUCCGCUCAUUUUCUUUUCUUCGUUUAUUCCGUGAAUUCGUGUGCAAAAGUGGAACGUAUGUACAUGUUUUUAUAACAUGGUGUUCUUCGUCUGGAUGCUUUGCAUUUUUAUCAUAGGUUGUCGAGCGACGACGAACAAUGGCUUUAAAAGCUAUCCAACAACGGUGAAGACCUUCGAAAACGACACGGUGUUGCUUCCGUGUUACGUGGAGGAUCUCGAUAACGUGCAGACCAGGGUGAGAUGGUGGAGAGACGGUAUCCUUUUGGCUGACAGUGGUGAACCGCAACACGUACCACCCGAAAGAGUUAGAAUGUACUCAAACAGAAGCCUGGAGGUUUCCCAUGUGAAACGAAACGAUACCGGGGAAUAUGUGUGCCAGGCAUCUCGACCGGCUCCCUGGGGACAUGCGACGCAAGUACAUGAAAUCGAAGUGAUGUAUCCACCUAGUGUCCGUCCGGUACCGGAAACCGGUAAACUCGAGGUGAACCUUGGAGAAGAAGUGGACAUGAGUUGCGUAGCAAAAGGUGUUCCAGUCCCUAUCGUAUCGUGGAGGAACAAGGACGGGGAAAUACCAUUUUUGUAUGAUAGAUCACGUCUACGAUUUCACGCUGGAAAUCCAAACGACUCUGGACGUUAUACGUGCGUAGCAAACAACGACGUCGGCGAACCUGCAACCGCAACCAUAGAUUUGUACGUCAGAUACAAGCCCAGGAUCGAGAUGACGAAGACCUGGAUGCACGCACCACCUGGAAUACGAGUACAGCUGCAUUGCGGAGUGACUGCCUGGCCGGAGGCAACGGUGGAAUGGUAUUUCAACAACAAAAGCGUGAAAUAUUCGUCGAGGAUAGUAAAGCACAACGCAGGCAGCGAUCACAGUUUAGUGAUAAGGAACGUCAGGACGACGGAUUACGGUUUCUACUUGUGUAGGGCUUCUAAUUCCUUAGGAAUCACCGAGGCGGCGGUCGAAUUAUCGGGUAUCGCGAAUCCGGCCGUCUUUAAGAAGACCUCGCAUAGUCUAUCCAAGACCUCGUACAAUUUCGUCUGGGAGGUCUACAGUUAUAAUCCUAUUGUUCAAUACGAAUUCAGAUUUCGUAAAUAUAUGAAUGGUGUUCCCGGUCAAUGGCUUAAAUUGUAUAUACCUAGUGGCAGCGAUGGAAAUAGUUUUAUACACACGUACUCGUUCAAAUUGACGGGCUUGGAAGAGGCAACGCAUUACGAGGCGCUCGUUUUGUCGAAAAAUCGUUACGGCUGGAGCAAGCCGUCGGAAAUAAUACGAUUUGCCACGGAAGGUGCUCCGGACAAGGAUAACUAUAUAACGAACGCGAUACAAGAGGAUAAAAUCGUGCCAGCGGAGCAACUCGCGUCGAUGUCGCAACAUUCUCCUUUGGAUACCGAAAGAAGCGGAUCCUUUUCCAACCGAGCAAAAGUAACGACAACCGUAGCGAUGAUAUUUAUGUUAUAUAUUUUCAAUAUGGAUUUUCGUAAGAUGUGAGAUAUUUGUAUUA